UAGACAUCCCAGUGUCAUUAAACAUUUGCAUCAGAGCCUCUUCAUGUUUGUUGUGUCGGCAAAUUUAAUCAAACUAGAGACAUUUUCUGUAUAUUGUGACCUUAUUUUAAUUAGUUGUGUCAGUAUACAAGAUUGUUUAGUUAGUUUUUCUUUCUAAACAUCUAUUUUUUUCAGUUAACGCACAUUUGUCCACACCUAAUUUUCGUAGCUAUUUAAUUUCAAUUAACUAUAAUAGACUUGUUUCAAAGUUGCAAAACAACAAGAGGCAACCAACAGAGCUCCAAACAGGCAGGGUCAUCAUACAAAAAUAGCUGACAUUUAACAUCAUGGUAACUAAUAAUAAGUAUAAAUUGAACUGAAUAACAUGUUUUAAGCCUGAUUCAGAUUUUUUAAUGGUAAAGAUCUUAAAAAGUGACAACAAUAAAUCAAAAUAAAAGGGAGUAAGUGUCUCACAGAGAAUGCUUUGGCACAAACAUUUAGCCUGUAAUGUAGGGUAGUAAAAUGUAGAGCAAAUAUAAUUAAACAAUUGAAUAAUGUUCUGAUUUUAUUUAUCUAUCUAUUAAUAUUUUACAGACUGGCUAAGCAAACAUUUUAAGUGGGUGGGGUUCUCAGUCAUUUUAACAUCCUGGCUGAUGCCAAAGAAGGAUGUGACUCACAAGGGCGUAGGUUUCAUUUGAACAUCAGGGGGGCACAUAUAUGAUCAUACUGGAUGAAUGUGUUAUUUGGUGUGACCAGUCUUCCCUCCACAUUAAUGUGUCUAAGACCAGUGAGAUUAUUGUUUUUCGGAGGAAGGCCCUGCCCUGUAUUUGGGUACUGUACUCUAUGACAAGUUGAAUUUCGACGUGAACACUGACAGCGCCUAUAAGAAGGCAAACCAACAGCUGUUCUUUUUAAGGAAGCUGAGGCGUUUCGAUGUAGAUGGGACAAUCGUGCCUUAAAAACAAGAACAAGUUGGAAUAAGUGCUCAAGUUGUGCUGUGAGAUCACUGGUGUUACUUUUAAUAACCUGCAGCAUCUGUAUAAAGAGAGGGUCACCUCUACAGCUCGGUCUGUUGUCUCAGACUCUCAGCAUCCCCUCCAUGUUGAGUUUUAGAUGCUUCCAUCAGGGUGGAGGUUUUUCCUCCCUGAAUGCAGCACUAAGCGUUACAGAUCGUCCUUUGUCCCGUCUGUUAUUGCUUAUCUUAACCAGCAGUGACCACUCAUGUCCAUGAUUUACCUCUGACAGUGUGUGAUACUGGAGUCUGUGUGUUAGGUGUUAUACUGUCUGUAUCUCAAAUUGCCCUUCAGGGACAUUAAAGUUACCUUACCUUACCUUACCUUACCUUACCACACAUGAAACAACGGGGUUUGGAGGUCCUCCACCGGAAAACUUUAUUUACACCAUUAGUGGUGUAAAUAUCUUAAACGUCAAAAUAAAAAUCCUCUACUACGUUAAUGUUUUUUUGUGGGGGGCAAAUGCACAUGGUCCAAAUAUUGAGGGGGAUGUGUCCCCUGCAUUUGCCUCUGAAAUCUAGACUUAUGGCACUCAAGUAUGGGUGUUGAUUAUUACUGCUAACUUGCAAACGAAAUAAUGAUAAUAACUUCAUUUGUAUAGCUCAGUUCAUAGAGGAAGUGAAACUCACAGUGCUUUACAUAACCAAAUGAGAAAAUACACAUAAAAGACAGGUUAAGAUAGAGUAAAUAAGAUUCAAAUACCAACUCACACUCACACAGACACACAUAUUUUUUCUCCCCAUGGGUAUGGGACUGAUGUGUUACACAGAGAGUUUAUAGCUAUUGUUAAUUUUCAACUCUUUUAUACGUAGACGUAAAAUGCUGUUAAAAAAUACACAGUUUACAACAUCAUACAACCACAAUACACUAUAAACAUGGAAGGCACAGUAAGAGACAUAGACCACAUAGUUGCUUUAAUAGCCUGACCCCUGCUCUGCAUACACAGUGCUCUGAUAGACCCAUCACCACUCUGUGACUGUGGGACUAUGUGCUGACCUGUCCACGUGAGGCGCUAGUUGCUCAGACAUCAGCCGGCGGAUGAUGAUGAGGUAGAUCUGCGGCGUGUAGAUCCGCGCGGUACCGCGGCGCUCACCGCUCAUCUAUCCGCUGUGCUUCUGUGUGGGGCGGUGAGCUCGGCAGCGUCGCGCCUACCCACCUCCACCACCACCAGCUCCAGGAAUGGACUGACUUUCUAGCUUCACCACUGCUGACAAAUCCACUCUGUUCCUCCACCACUCCUCGGAUAAACGUUCAGAGUUUAACUCCAGCUCGGGGUUUUUAAUUUGAAGUUGCCGUUUAAGCGACAACGCAGAUUUUCCUCUCACGCGACUUAUUUGUAGCCGUUGGACGAAGCGGGAUUCAACUUAAACGAACCCGCAGACAUUUUGUUAUUUCAGAGAAUUAGACCGUUUUUUUCGUCCUCCUCCUCUUCUUACUUUUUUCAUCAGUGUAGUCGCAGCUGGCUGAGGCGAGCCAACUGUUAAAGGACCACCACACGGCGAAGAGGGGGAAACCAUUACCCUCCCUUGCUCGCUAGCUUAAACCCAAACACCGCUGUGUGCUCAACGGUUUUAAUUUACAUGCGUUGAGCUCGCUUCGCUGCCGCUCGUGCGUUAACGCGGAAGGCUUCGCAACAGCAAUGGAUCAUUUUGACUGACAGCUUUUGAAGAAUUAGCUAGCUUAGCCACUGAUGGUGGUUUCCUGUUCACAGACACAGUAAAUACGGGGUCGGGACAGGUACAGCUUGAAUGGUCUUGCAUCACCCAGACGAGACGCCGACUCUUUUACCUCGCUGAGUGCAUCACUUGUAUUCGGCUUAAUUUUUUAGGGGGGUCGCUAGCUACCGUUAGCUAGUCAUCCUGCUAACGCUGGACAGCUCCUGUGUAAGGCAGGGCUAGCUUUGGACAAAGGACCAACGCAAGGAAAAAUAUAAACACAGGGCACUCAGUUGGUCGUGUUUGGGAAGGAAAGCAACAAACAAGGAAUUGACAUGAUGUUUCCACAAUCAAGACACUCAGCUUCAUCGCAGCAGCUGAAAUUCACAACCUCUGACUCCUGUGACAGGAUCAAGGAUGAGUUCCAGUUCCUUCAAGCACAAUACCACAGUUUGAAGCUCGAGUGUGACAAGUUGGCCAGUGAGAAGUCAGAGAUGCAGCGCCAUUAUAUCAUGUACUAUGAGAUGUCCUACGGACUUAAUAUUGAGAUGCACAAACAGGCUGAAAUAGUGAAGAGAUUGAACGGGAUCUGCGCACAAGUCCUCCCCUACCUGUCUCAGGAGCACCAGCAGCAGGUCCUGGCGGCCAUAGAGAGGGCCAAGCAGGUCACCCCCCCAGAGAUGAACUCCAUCAUAAGGCAGCUCCAGGCUCACCAGCUGUCUCAGCUCCAGGGCCUGGCCCUGCCCAUGACCCCCUUGCCACUGGGCCUGAGCCAGCCGACCCUCCCGGCCGUCACCACCUCCUCCGGUCUCUUCUCCCUCUCCUCCCUGCUGGCCUCCCAAGCCCAGCUGGCCAAGGAGGAGAAAGCAUCACGCGACGGAGUCGACAGCCACCGCGAGGAGGACGGAGACAAGUCCGAUUAGAUGGUGUCCCCAUUCAGCUCUGUUUUUGUCCAGAGACCUGAAUCCCCCAGAUCUGAGCUCCCUUGGCCUACAGCCUCUCCCCUGGUCUCCCUCUCUCUGACCUUAGCUAACAUGGGCUUUAAUCCUAUCACACGGCUCCAGCUACAGACCCCUAACCAACUCUCAUUACUGGGAGGGCUUUGGCACCUGCCCCUUAUAUCAGAUGAGUCCUGACUGCUUCAUAUUUACAUCCAUAGGUUGUUUCUUUAUCCUCCCUCAUCUGUAUCAACAUCAGAGUGUCUCCUGUGUCUUUUUCUUCAAAUGUCCCUUUUUUGUAUCUGAUUAAGCUUCUGUUUUAUGUUUAUUUUCUUUUUUAUCAGGACUCCUCUCUAUUUCUGUUCCUUCCUGCCUUCCUGUCGCUCCAUCUCUCAGUUCUUAUUCCUGUUUAGUUUCUGUUUUUUUUUUUCUCUUCCUCCCACUCUCACCCACCUCUUGCCUCUGUUCUAAGCGGGUCCUUGUUAUGCAGGACUGAUCUGUGAGACUGAACGCACCGUACCGUAGGUGUUAAAACAGGCUAAACGUUAAACACAGGGAUUCUUUGGCAGGCUGUAACACUUGUCAGACACAACAUAGGAUUCCUACAAACUUCCAAUUUUCCUAAGAAGGAGGUCUGACAGAGAUCAGUUGAUAUUUUUGGCAGUACAGAUUGCAUGCAUUCAUUCCAAGCCACAACUUGGCUUUGAGUUUAAACGGUGGAUUGUAAUGGAUCAGAGAAGCGUUUAAACAGUGUCCUCGUGCCCCGGCUAAAGAGAGAAACAUCCCACACACACACACACACACAAGUCCAAACCAAAACCUGCUGCUUUCAGAGCAGGAUCGUUGUAUCAAGAAUACGUCUCCAGAUUUUGUGUAUAAUCCUAAAUUUAUAUUGAGAAAGGGAAAGCACCUUCAUGCUGAGAGCUGUCGGAGCAGAUAACAAACCCACAUUAGUAAGUAAUCCCCCUCGACUUAAGAUCCUCACCUGACCCCGUGAGGUACGUUAGAUAAAUCCACCCAGCACCUUAACAUUUUCCCCAGUAGUUAAGUGAACAGAGAUGCCGCACCUCCCCGCCACCUUUUGCAUCUUUAAUGUGCACUAAUAUUAGAGCGGGCACCGAAAGGAGACAGUGUGCAUGUUGUGUGUUUGACAGCAGAGGGCAGUGUGUGUCUUCCUCCUCACUGGGUCCAGAGCAAAACAAGGACAGGACAAAGACAGAGUACAGGCUGUGUCACGAGGGGGAAUGGCUUAUUUAUCCACUCUGUGUGUACUAACUUAAUAUACAGAGACUUGACUGGUGACAUUAAUCUCUGCAUGCGGUCAGUCCCAGUCUCUGUCGUGAUCCAGUUCUUGAGAAAAACUCUGUUUUGUGGAACACAGAAACACAACUGGACGUGUGCUUUUGACCCCUUCUGUAAAAUCUGAUUUAAAUACUGUACAUUUUGAUUCACUGUACAUAUACAGGUCUGUCACACAUCAGACUAACACUACAUUCUAACACCUACGUACAACACCGAGUGAGAAAUUUCCACAACCCAACACAAUUAUAUCAGUGCAGAUCACACAGCUGAAGCACUGGCGUCCUCCACAUCUGUUCCGAAGAGUAAAAACUCCCCCACAGCCUCACAGGCCCUGUUUUCAAUUAGCUUGUCCGAUUAGGCCUCUUGUCAGGUGGAAGUUGGCUGAAACUAUGCUUGGAAAAAUGUGAAGUAACCAAACUCUGGUUGUGCUCAGAAUCUCAGUAGCAGAUCUUUACAGCGCCCUUAAAAGUUCCCACAAAUCCAAACUCCACAGGGAAACUUUAAGGCACUUGUGUGAUUGAAUUGCCCAGCUUGAAUUGACAGUUUUAUACUUCCCAUUACAUUUAGAUUUAAUUACGUAAAGAUACAACUUUGAUAAUCUUUUUAUUUUCUGUUCUCUUUGGCGGCACCUGUGGUGAUAAGCAGUAAUUGCAGGUGUGUUUUUGGCUCGUACUUUCCAGAGACCGAAUUAGUUUCUUUUAAUUUGGAUUUGCACUUGUUUCUGAAGUUUUGUAGUCUCAAGUCAUCGCUCUUUUCUCUGUUUGGUGAGUCACAAUAACCGUUUGCCUGCAACGCUUGCAGAGACCAGGAAAAAACAGCCCGCCGUCUCGCAUACAAGUGAGUUGAAGAGCAAUUCAUUGCGUUAGCUCUGCCUACCCAAUCUAAUGGAGCAACCACUGCUUGGUGAUGGAAAAUGCGUCACUAACUGUGCAUCACUUGUGAUUUUUCUUGGGAACAUUGCCACAGACGCCCAGUUCAUAAUACUGCAAAUGCAGGGACUCUUUUCCGUGGGUAAUAUUGCAUAACCUUAUGUGGUGAUAGUGACUUAACAGAUAUUUGUUUAAAUGAAAAUCUUAAAAAAAAAAUGUGGCCGACAUUAGGCGUCCAUAUUCCUUUGGCUUUCAGGCGCUUCUGUGUUAAGUCAGACACAUCAGGGCUUUCAAAAAGAUAUCCUCAGUCGCCAAUUACAAUGUUGAUGUUGACGUUAAUGCUGUUUACAGGUCAGAAGCUGUACCUCCGAUAUGACACGAAUGCGGCAUAACAGAAGCAACUAAACCACUAGAAAGCUGCAUUGGUAUAGUUCCUUUAGAACCGUUGAAAGUCGUACCAACAUGUACCUCAUCCGUAGACGUGUCGGUGAAGAUACUCAGUCAUCUAGGUCAUGGUAAUCAUAAGUGCUAUAUUGUAGGCAACUGGACAGUCCGGAACUGAAGACGCUUUUUGGAUGAGAGGCAAAAUGUCUUCUAGAAACACAAGCAAGUCCAGUUGCCUACGAUGUAGCACUUAUGCUUAUCCAUAGAGCUGUUUUGCUUUUCCACCACAGACAGCCUCUCAGUGUAGGUGGGGUUGUUAUCAGAUGGUAGUAGCCACAUCACUGCUCAUCCAGUUCUUACUGUAUUUUCUCUUUACUGAUGAUUCAGAGGAAUGUCUGAGCCUCAUUGUUCGUGCACAGAAUGUGGUUGCGAAACAUUUUCCAAACAAAAAGAACAGGCUGGAGUGUUUAGAGUAUCAGUCACCAUCGACUGGAUAUUUAAAAAUAGUUGGUUUGAUGUUCUUGAGUGCAACAGUGACAAUUCACUUGACCAUACAACAGACUGCAGUGUUUCUAGCUCCACCUUUUAGUGUCGGAUCAGUGUGCUAGGUACCUCGACAAAGGUGUCGUGUUGAUACUAUUCACAACAAUGGAAACGCAAAAUAACUGUUCUAAUGUGUAACAAACUGAACUGAACCGAAUCAGACUGCUUGGUGGAAAGAAGAUGAGUGAGAUCCUAAGAAGAGGUCUAAUCAGACAACGUGUAAACACCUGUGUAGGUUGACUAUGGGGGUGCAGGGGCUUUAACGGGUCCAGUAGCAGCCAAAACAGCCCUAUAAGACGUCUUCUUUUGACAACAUGAGACGGGAUGGAACACGUACGUCUCCUUUAGGGUGUUUGCAAACACAUAUUUCCAGCAGAUGAACCCUCAGUGGUGAUCGGACCCCCUGACAUUUGGCGGCGGCCUGUAUAUGAAGUUGUUUUAUACAAACCCCACACAGAUACACAGAAACAUUUCUUACCCUCCUCUCUCUGGUUUUAAGGCUACACUGUGAGAAUGAAUUGAUGUAACGUAUGAGAUGCUUUGAUUUUUGGAGAAACACCACUCAGAACGUUGUUUGGCACGAUGAUGAUGAUAAAGCACAUUUUAUUGUUGAAGUCAUUCAGAAAGCAAAAGUAAACAAACUGCACAUUAGAAUGAAACCCUCCAUGUGUCUAUAAGUUCAGCUGACUUCCUGUUGGUGACGGUGGUGGGAUGAAUCCUUCGAUGAUGCCCAUUGUUGUGUAUGUAUGUGAAUACAUAAACAAGGUGUGUAUAAGCAGCUGUACAGGUUUGAUACACACACACAAACACAGACACACAGAUGAAAUGCAUUGCUGUUGUUCCUACAACUGAAGCUAACACGCUAUUCUGCUUGUGAAUUAAGCUCGCAGCACACCGUCCUCCCACAUACUGUAUGUGUCUAGCUACAAACUGUACUUGUCGUAGUGAUAUGCAGAGCGUGUAGACAAAGCGACACACACACACACACAUCAAUGCAUGUCUGCUGGGGAACUGAGAUUGAUUUCUUUCUAGUGGAGACAUUUUUUCGAAAGAAUGUUUGGUCCAAACUUUCUGUGAUCAAUGCACUUGUUUUUUUUUUUGUUUUUUUAUCCUCUUUGUUUUUAAAUAUUAAUCGAUAUGAACUAGAAUGAGAGUUACAAAGCUGACGUUAUAAACAUACAAAUGAAAUUCUAUGUAUUUGUUAAAGUAGUUGGAGGCGCCGGCCUCUGUAUACAGUUAUACAUAGAAAGCUUUAUGUGUAUAUAGCUGCAUCUUUUCUUGUCUGUCCUGGAUGAUUCUUGUGCUAUUGUGUUACAAAACUGAUGUGACACCAGGGGGGAAACUGCAGUACGUUGACCUUUUGCCCUUUGACCCUCUUUCUGGCCCCCACCCUCUCUCCGAUCCCCUUUACUCCCACACCACGUCCCACCUUCCCGACUUUUGGCCCCCAUAGCGUGAAGCAUUGUAAGCGUUUUGAGCUUUGUAAAGGUCUUUUUUUAAAUACUUAUUUUGUGCAUAAUGUAAAACCUGAAAGUGUGUACUUUGGCAAAAAAAAAUGUUUUGUGUCUGAAAUCAUAGCUUCAUUGAAACAAAAAAAAAAAAGAAACUAUAAAAAAAAAAGUACAACAAACAUUUACUAUAAAUAAUAUGAAAUGUUCUGCAGUAAGGAAGGACUUCUGGUGCCUUACAAAUAAAGUCAAUCAAAUCAUAAGAA